AAUAGAGAUAGUCUCAAAGAUGAGAAAGUUUACAAACAGCUUAAUCACCUGAAUAUUUUUGAAAACAUUGAACUACCCUGGUAUAAUGAUUCUAGCCGGCAGCAAAAUACCGGCGCGAUAUUGGUGACUAAUUGA